AUGGUCAGUGUCCUUGCUGACGUGCGUGUUCAUGAGUGGUUGAGGGGACUGGGAGCGGCAGUGGCUGAGGGGACUGGGCGCGGCAGUGUGGAGUGGGAGGGGAAGGGUAAGAUGGGAGGGAGGACGUACAGGUACGGUACUUCAUGCGGAGAGGGAUGUGCCUCCCAAAGAAAAACGUGUAGCGACAUUUACAUUUGUGGAUGUAACUGUUGUCUUGAAAAACGUACACGUGCAGAAGUUGCUGCCUCCGUCUCUCUUCCUUCCACCGGUGCAGAGUCUUCUGCUCCCUCCGGUGUCGUCCCUCUCCCCGGUGUUACCAACGCUCUCCACGGUGAACAGCCUUCAACCGGAGACCCUAAUGCAAAAGCCUCCACACCUUUCCGCCCAGACCCCCAAGCCAUCGCCGCCGUCAUCGUUGCCAUCAUCGUCGCCAUCAUCCUGCUCGACCUGUGCAUCUUCCGCUUUCCGGUGGGCCGCAACAUUCGCGAUUUCCUCGUACGCAAGAUGCCCUUCUGCAUCGCGUUCUACAGCUAA